AUGGAUAGCGGAGAGCUGAUCAAAGAAUUCCUUUGGCCCCAGAAUGGAUUUUUAUUUAAGGAAAUGGAGCUGAGUCCUGUGUUAUGUAAACCAAAGUUGAUUCCAUUGAAGAGUGUAACGCUGGAGAAAUUAGAGAAAAUGCAAGAUGAAGCCAUGGAAAAACUAAAGGAAAUGAAUGAACAACAGGGCCAGGAACAGGUAGAGCAAUAGAAAUGUAACCCUAUUAUGAUUACAGACUCAUAACCAGCAGGACGCUCCAUCCACUAGAUCGGCUAGUCCCGCUGAUGAGCCGGGAGGACCCUCAACCACUGAUAUUUGGCAAGCCGAUUGA